AAACAAGAUGGCGCUAUAGCGUGAUGCUGUUUAUGACGUAUUUUACAGUUGUAUACAGUGUUAUAGAUACAUACAGCUGUAUAUUUUUUAUUCACUAUUGUGCAUAAUUAUCACAUUGUAGUCGAUACACAUUUAUUUUGAAAAUGAAGAAAUCACCAUUGAAUUCUCCAUAUGAUGGUCGUGCAUAUGGUGCAAGGUCUACGCCGUAUUGGAAAUUACAAGAAAAUGCGAAUAGUAGAGGUUAUCAAGGUGUUGAGAACAAUAGUUAUCAUCGUUUAUCUGUAAAUAAUGGUCCACAAACUUGCGGGGGUGAUUUUAUUCCUUUAAACAUUAGCACACCUGUAGGACAGCAUAGAAAGAACAAUGCUAAUCAGUAUAACACUGGAUGCAGUAGUCCUCGUGGUGGAUGGAGAAACAGAAAUAAUUAUCAGAACACUCCAAAAUCAAACUGCAAUAAUAGGUAUACUGCUUACAACCAAUUUUAUGGACAGAAAUCAAAAGGUUUCAAAGGAGGACAAAGGCAAGCGAAUAUAUCAGCAUAUGUUGAUAUUAAUUCCUUUUUCGAAGAUCCUUGGGAAGGUUUAAUGAAAAAAUUAAAUGAUUCGAAUCAUAAAAGUGAAAUGCUUAACGAUAAAUCUCUAUCUAAUCCAAAAUUAGCUGAUAGUGAUUCUGUAGAAAAGUUUGAUAGCAAACUUCAAGAGGACACAAAUUUGAAUAAUUCUCAGUACAAUCAAAAAUCUGAAAAUGAAUCUUCUAAUGCUACAAGUUUUAAUACAGAGAAUACAGAUCUCAGUCAAGUAUCGAAGAGCAAUAGUUCAAUAGAUUUAGGUGCUGAUACUUGAUUUAAUCAAGAUUUACUGGAUGAAAGUACAUGUACCAAAAAAAAGUUUAUGGAGUUGUAUAAGAAAAGAAUAUAAUAUUUAUUCAAAUGGAUUAUUGUCAGAUACUAAUAAAAAAAAUGUAUAACAAUGAUAAAGAAUGAAGGUUGUUGUACAUAUGAUUGUAUACUUGUAUAUAGGUGUUAUACAUGUGGCAUUAAUGAAUUAAUAAUAGAUAAAACAUAAACAUUCUUUUUUUAAAGAUGCAAUUUUUUUCUUGGGAAUAAGUUAAUCAUGAAACUAUUCGAAAUGCGCGCACGUGAUAUUUUAUACAACGUGUACAACAUAUUUUAUUGUCUUGCAGAUUAUUUUCACAAUUUGGCUGUGAAAAGAAUUUAGUUUAUUCGACAAUUAUAUGUGCAAUUUUAUAGUACAUAUUCUGAGUCUACCAAACAUGUAAAAAUUUUUAUUAAAACGGGAAAACAGUAAAUAUCAAUUCAUUACUAGUAAAUUAAACUAUAAAUUAUUCAUGGAAGAAUUGGUCAAAUUGUAAAAUUUAAAAUAAAGCAUCUGUAAAAUUUAAAAAUGUAUGUAUAAAUAUAAAAUUUGUUUAUAUUGUUAGUUUUAGAUUUCUAAAGUCUUUGUUGACUAAUUGAAGCAGAGCUUAGAUUAAUUCCUCAUUCAUUUGCGUAAAUAGUUUGCAUUUAUUUGUAUUAUUUUUAUAUGGCAAAUCUAUCAUCUAAGAUGUAUUAAGGUAUAACGGCAAUAUGUUUUUUUUAUAUAUCUUCGUUUUAAAUUUUAAGCAAAUUAAUUUUACGUUAGAUUUCUUGAUAUUGUUCAAUAGAAAUAUUGAAAAUUUAGGCAAAAAGAAAUUUUUGCUGAAUACUGGCCUUACACUUAUCUUUCAUUAGAUAUUUUUAAGAAUCUAUUUCUGUUUGAUUAAAUUACUGAUUUAAAUAUCAUAAUAAUUAAAUAUAUCUUAUGAUUAAAUAGUAAUUAAUAUAUAAGUUAGUAAUGUAAGAAGUAAAUGUACAUGUAGAUCUUAUUUUGACUGUACCAUGAAUGUAAUGUGCUACAAUAUAUUGCUGGAAUAUAUUACGACUAUAUUUUAAUGUUACAUUUUUGGAACUAAGCAAAUAAAAACGAGAUUUUAGCUUUUA